CUCUCUCUCUCUCUCUCCCCCCCACCUCUCCCCCUCUUGCUUCCCUCCUCCCUUAUCCCAUUCAAUCGCUUCCACCAUGGGUGUCCCUGGCUUCUUCCGCUGGAUCACCAAGAAAUACUCCAAGUUAACGACCCCCUGCCAUGAGGUCCAGCCGAAGGUCGUCAACGGCGUCACCAUCCAGGUGGACGCCACUCAGCCGAACCCCAAUGGCUUCGAGGUGGACAACCUGUACCUGGAUAUGAACGGCAUCAUCCACCCAUGUACCCAUCCGCCGGGUCGCCCCGCUCCUGAGACCGAGGAGGACAUGUUCAUCGAGAUCAUGAACUACAUUGACCGGCUGUUUGCCAUCGUCCGCCCUCGGCGUGUCUUGUACAUGGCCAUCGAUGGUGUGGCCCCGCGUGCGAAGAUGAACCAGCAGCGCUCGCGGCGCUUCCGCAGCGCCCUGGAGGCACGCGAGCUGCGCGCCAGCCAGGAGGCCAUUCGCGAGGAGGCCAUCAAGCGGGGCGUCCCGCUGCCGAAGCCCUCAGCCCGGAAGAUCGACUUCGACUCGAACGUCAUCACCCCGGGCACCGCCUUCAUGAGCAGUCUUUCGGAGUUCCUGCGCUUCUAUGUGUCGAAGAAACUGUCGUCCGACCCCGCGUGGAAGGAUCUCACGGUCUUCCUGUCGGAUGCCAAUGUCCCGGGUGAGGGUGAGCACAAGAUCAUUGAUUACAUCCGUCGCCAGCGGAAUCAGCCGGAUUAUGACCCGAACACGCACCACGUUCUGCAUGGCCUCGACGCCGAUCUCAUCAUGCUUGCCCUGUCCACGCACGAGUUGCACUUCACCAUCCUGCGUGAGGAUGUCUUCGGCCAGGCGCAGGCGGCCCCUCGGUGCUUCUUGUGCCAGGGCGUCGGCCAUGAGCCGGAGGAAUGCCGUGGUGUUUCGGAGGAUGGCCGGCCGCUGGGCAUGGCCCCGCCGGCCCCGCCGCCGGUGAAGUUCCUCUACUUCCAUGUGAGCCGCCUGCGUGAGUACCUCUACCAUGAGCUCACGGUGCCGGGGCUGCCCUUCGCGGAAAGCCCGGAGCGCGCGGUCGAUGACUGGGUCUUCAUGUGCUUCUUCAUCGGGAAUGACUUCCUGCCGCACCUGCCCUCUCUUGAUGUGCGCGAGGGCGCGGUCGAUGCGCUGGUGGAGAUCUACAAGCGUCUGCUGCCGCGCUUUGGCGGGUAUCUCACCAACAGCGGCCAGGUUGACCUCCAGCGGCUGGAGCUCUUCUGCCAGGAAAUCGGCCAGCUGGAGGACAAGACCUUCGGUGCGCGCGCGCGCAUUCAGCAGGCCAAGGAGCGCUCGCAGCGCGAGCGCCAGGAGCGCCAGCAGGCCGCCGGUGGUCCGCGCGAUAUUGCCCCCCUGAAUGAGGACCUCGAGGAGGAUCGCAUCAUGUUUGACCAAGAGGGCUGGAAGAACCGCUACUAUCACCGGAAGUUCCAUCUUGGCACGCCAUACUCGCUGGAUGAGGAGGCGGUGACCGGGAUCGCCAACUCCUACGUGGAGGGGCUGUGCUGGGUGCUGCUCUACUACUACCAGGGUGUUCCGUCCUGGCGCUGGUAUUAUCCGCAGCAUUAUGCGCCCUUUGCUUCGGACAUGAAGCACAUCUCCUCGAUGAACAUCGAUUUCGGCGAAAGCCAGCCUUUCAAGCCUUUUGAGCAGCUGAUCGCCGUCUUCCCGUCCGAUUCGUCGCAUGCCCUGCCGAAGCCCUUUGCCGCGUUGAUGACCGACGAGAAGUCCCCGAUUGCGGAUUUCUAUCCGACCGAUUUUGAGGUCGAUCUCAAUGGCAAACGUUUUGCCUGGCAGGGUGUGGUGCUGCUGCCCUUCAUCGAGGAGAAUCGCCUGCUGGAGGCCACGCGGGCUUGCGAGCACCUGCUGACCGAGGAGGAAAAGCGUCGGAAUUCCCUGGGCACUGACCGGGUGUUCAUCUCGGACAAGCAUCCGAUCUUCGACUUCUUUGUCCAGACAGUCGGGGCGUCGUCGUCGUCGUCGUCGUCGCUGGCCCUGCCGGAGCCGACCGCGGCCGAUGCCUCGCAGGUGACCGUCGUGUCUACCUCCGCCGAUGAGGUUGAUGGUGGCUUGCCUCGAAUCACCGUGGAGCUCGAAACCGUUGAGGCCACCUCGGCCGGCAUUGCAUCCGAUGGUGGCACCUCCACCGAGGCCGCCUCCACCGAGGCCGCCUCCGCCGAGACCGCCUCCACCGAGACCGCCUCCACCGAGGCCGCCUCCACCGAGAUCGUCUCGGCCAAGGACGCCUCCCUAGCCAGCGGGGCCACCGACAGUGGUGACGAUGGGCCCGAGUCGCCGGACGCCGCGGACUUGGCCGCCGGCUGGAAGCGCCUCCCUCGGACUUGGACCACGCUUGCCGGACUCAUCAAGCCCGCUGGUGGGAAUGCCACCAUGCCGGCUGAGCUGACUUUCCCCCCGGCGCGGGUGUACAAGGACCGUGGCCUGCCCCACGGUGCCGAGGAUGAUAGCAUUGACGAGCGUCUGGAGCCAUUCAUUUCUUCGGCCCUGUCGGCCCUCUUCAAGUGCCCUUCCUUCCCGGAGGGCUUUGUCUUCCCGGCGCGUGCGCUGUCUGGUGCCAAGCAGCCGAAGAAGGUCGUGUCUGGGGACGAUCUCCAGCGCAUCCCCCGGUCGCACUACAUUGCACUGGGUCCGCGCGGGCGUGACGACCGUCGCGACAUGUCCGGCCCCGGGCAGCAUCCAUCCAAGCGCCACCGCGGUGGGGAUGGCGGCUUCCAUGGCGGCCCGCGUCAUCGUGGCGGGGACUUCUCCGCGGAUCAUGGGGGCUUCCCGCCGAAUGGCCCGCCUCCUCCGCAUCAUGGCCGGGGCGGUGGCUACCGCGGCGGCAAUGACGGAUACUAUGGCGAUGGUGGCUAUGGUGGUGGCUACCGCGGUGGCAAUGAUGGCUAUCGUGGCGGUGAUGGCGGUAACUAUCGUAACCAUGACGCUGGCGGCUAUGCCGGUGGUGGUGGCGGUGGUCAUGGCGGCUACGGCGGCCAUGACGGUCGUGGUGGCUAUGGUGGCCCUGGUGGUUACGGCGGCCCUGGCGGCCCCGGCGGCUACGGUGGCGGCCCCGGCGGCUACGGUGGCGGCCCCGGUGGUCCUGGUGGCUACGGCGGCCCUGGUGGCUACGGCGGCCCUGGUGGCUACGGCGGCCCUGGCGGCCCUGGCGGCCCUGGCGGCCCUGGCGGCUACGGCGGUCCUGGCGCGCCUGGUGGCUAUGGCUACGGCGGCCCUGGUGGUUACGGUGGCCCUGGCGGCCACAGCGGUCCGGAUCAUGGCGGCUAUGGCGGUCCUCCCUCGCGACACAAUGGCGGUCGGUAUAAUGAUCAGCCGCCUCAGCGGCAUGCUCACCGGCGCCCGGCGCCUCCGCAGCAUGGCCACCAGUCGCACCGCUCGCAAGGCGGGCGCCCUCCCUUCGACAAUGACCUCGGCAAUCCCGCCCUGAGCAUGCAGUACCAUGGGUUUGAUGCUGGGGCGGGACCGGCUCACGAGUCGGCCAAUGCCCCCUUCUACAUGGGCCCCUCUUCGCAUCACGAUGGCCCGCCAGCCGACUCGCGGAGAGGUGCUCACUCUGCCCCGGCCCCGGGGCCGUAUUAUGGUGGCCCGCCACCCGGCGGCCCGCCUUCCCACCCAAGUGGAGGUCCUCCUCCGCCGGGUAAGCGCUUCUCCUUCAAGCGCUGA